AUGAACCGCACGCUUUUUCCAACAGUUCCAAUGCUCAGCCGUGCUGCCCAGACGCAACCCGCGUCUCUAUACCAAGCUGGCACGCCCCGGCUGUCCAGCACCAAUGCAGAACCGACGACGCACUUUCGUGUCACGCUGCGGCGCUCCGCGAUUGGGUUGCCGAAGCGGUCUGCACAGAUCCUCGAGGCGCUUGGCCUUCAUAGGCGCUUGCAGAGCGUGUACCAUGCACAGACGCCAUCCAUUGCCGGUGCAAUUCUCGGCGUGAAGGAACUGAUCCACGUGGAGAAUGUGCGGCCAGUGGUACCCUCGGUCGACGCUACAACGUCGCUCAAUACCGUGUGGGUCAAUGCGCAAGGCGAGGUAGUCGAUGCAGGCCGUCAAGCACGCAAGGCUCCCAAAGGAUUCCGCAUCAUCGGUAAUCUCGUCAAGGAAGAGCGCGAUGCAGCACUUAAAGCACGCAAUGCACACUCGUCUUAG